AUGGCCUUUCAUCCUGCCUUGGAGUCAGUUCCAGAGCAUGAACCUAUGGUCUUUGUCUCUGCUGGGCACUCUGAUCGAGUAAUCUCGGAAGUUGCCGUCCCCAAUAUGAAGCCUCGACGAUCCCUGUUCUCAAGUUGGAGAUGCUCUCACCCGGAUUGCAUCGCGUACCCUUACUCAAAGAAAGCUAUCUUCUGUCGAGGAGUACAGCGACCUCUUUGGACAAUAAUUACCAUCAUGUGUGUAUCCAGUGUUGAUAGCACUCCAACGCGUCAACAGAUCGCGUUGGAUGCGUUCGUCGCGCUCUUCACGUUCUCACUGACAAUGUCUAAUUAUAGUGGUAUCAUAAAUCUGCUCACAGUUGCAUGGCAAUGUAUGUAUUAUCUUAUUAUGGGUGAUGGCUUCUUUGUGUUCCACAGACAAAGCCCCUCCACAGUGUCCAACUGGACGACUCAAGGUGUCACACCAAUUGGCUGUCACUCGCACAACGAUUACCUCCGCCACGUUCCACUGCACUCAGCACUUCGUGUAGGAUGCACCAGCGCUGAGGCGGACAUCUGGUCUUGGAAGAAUGAGAUCUUAGUCGGUCAUUCGCGUUACACGGUUUUCCGGGGAACUUUGAAGAGCCUCUAUCUUGAUCCGUUGCUGAAAAUGCUUGACGCGCAUAAUGCGCCUUCUCACGGUGGAUCGACAGAUGGGAGCCAGAAGAUGGUUGGGCUGUUUUCAAAUGAUCCAAAGAAAACGUUCACCUUGAUGAUUGAUUUCAAAACCGAGGAUGAUAAGAUCUGGCCUCUCCUCGUCGACCAGUUGGAUCCCUUGCGCGAAAAAGGCUAUCUCACCCAUUUCAAUGGAUAUAAUGUUACAUACGGGCCCAUAACUAUCGUCGCUAGUGGAGAUGCACCCUUCCAUUUGAUGCUGGAGAACACGACUUAUCGCGACGUCUUCUACGACGCACCUCUGGGUAACUUGACCUUCCCUGCUGAGAUGGCCGCGAAAUAUGACAAUCUCACAAUGGAUAAGACCUACAACCCAUACAACAGCUACUUUGCAUCGGCAGACUUUCGCAAGACAAUUGGAUCUCUCCCACUCAACCGUCUGUCGGAUGUCCAGCUGAGCACUAUCCGUAGCCAGGUGCAAGCAGCUCACCAGCUGGGUCUGAAGGUGCGAUAUUGGGGAACUCCAACCAGUCCAGUUGGACUGCGGAACCAUAUAUGGCAUGUACUUGUACACGAGGGUGUGGAUUUGAUAAAUGUCGAUGAUCUACGAGGUGUGGCCAAACUGGACUGGAAGACUCGCUACUGGUGA